GACAGUGUACUGCUUCUGGCAGAAUUUGGGCAGAACAAAAGCAAAGGCUGUUGUGUUCCCAGAGGAGUGCAGUAGGAUUGCCUCGGUGGACUCCUGCUGUCAGUGAAGUCACUGGCACAAGGUAAAGUGCAGCCCAUCAGGUUGCAGAACCCAUCCCUGUGCUGUUCUGCAGACCUGUAUCUCUGACAGUGCUAUCACACCAGGACUUUUCCACAAGUAAAAUGAGAAAAAGCAAGUGCACUUGUUCUCCUGGGAUUCUUACAGACCCCCUGAGUUUGCACACUGCAACCUCCCCUCUCCUAGAACAUCAGAAACUUGCCAGGCCCUCAGCAACCACUGUGGGGAAAUGUUGCUCCAAACAUACAUAGCUGAGGUGGAAUGUGCUGUGCUGUGAGGCAGCUGUGCUGCUGCAAGCUGUGUUAAAGGGCAGCUUCUGGGACCUAACAAUGAUGAACUGGGAUAUGAGGUCUGUUACACUUUUUGUCAAUAGUACUAAUUAUGUUUGAUCCUUCACUGUUCUCUUUGCAGUUCAUCUGUGUUGUUUACUGUGAAAACUCAGGUUACAAUACCUCAUUACUCUUGGUUCCUAAGUCUGCAUUUGCACCCACUCUUGUACAGGGUUACUGACUGCUUACUUUUGCCUCUGCCCCACAAAUGCUACCUGGUGAAUGCUCCUGUUCUUGUCUGUAGCUGGCUGACAGCUGCAGCUUUGUACCUGAGCUCUUGAUGUGCACAUAAUCAGUGUUUUGAGUGACAUCUUCUGUCAAACUGAUUGAUUGCUCAAAGGGAUGUUUCUGGCUGAGGUUUCUGCCUUCUAGCCUCUGCUUGAUCUUAAAGUCACGGUAGCUAUUAGCAUAUUGCAGCAUAGUGAUGUAUUAAAUACAUUCAAGAAUGGGAAGACUCCUCAUUGUCUCAGAUCAGGAAGAGUGGUAGGAAAGAAGGGAGGUGAAAAAUUCAGAAAGCUUCAUUUUGCUAGGGAAGAGUUAAGAAGAACAAUCCAGAGUCAUUUCAACAGAGAGAUUCAUAGCAGCUUUCUUGGUGAUAAGAGUUUGGAGGUGUGAAAUAAUGAUAAGUGUAAUUCUCAUAUCCCUGGGUUUGUUUCUUCUUAGUGCACAGUUCUUGAAAUUGCAAUGGAAGAGUCGUGAUUUUCCUCCUGGACCGACCCCAUUUCCCAUCGUUGGAAGCAUGUGGUGGGUAAAGUUUAGAACUGAUCAUGGGAGCCUGAGAAAGAUGGCAAAAACCUAUGGCAACAUCUGCACCUUGUGGAUGGGUCACAGACCUGUGGUGGUGCUCUAUGGAUUCCAAGCUGUGAAGGACGGUCUCACCACCAACUCAGAGGAUGUUUCUGGGCGACUACAGACCUUUGUCUUCAACAAGUUGGCAAAUGGAAAGGGUAUCUUGGUCUCCAACGGUCUCAUCUGGAAACAACAGAGACAUUUUGGAAUCGGAGCUCUCCGAAAACUGGGAAUGGGGAAUAAAGGAAUGGAGCGUGGGAUACAAACUGAGGCCCAUUACCUGGUCGAGUUCUUCAGAGACAAAGAUGGAAAAGCUGUUGACCCUUCCUUCCCCAUUGUCCAUGCUGUCUCUAAUGUGAUCUGUGCUGUGGUUUUUGGACAUCGCUUCUCCCUAGAAGAUGAAACCUUCCGUCAGCUGAUUGAGGCAUACAAUGCUAUAGUGGCUUUUGGGAACAGCCGCAUUUAUUAUAUCAGUGAAAUUUUCACCUGGGCUGCAGAGCGUCUCUCAGGAUCUCUACAGAAAGCAGUAUUUUCACGGGAUUUUGUUUGUUCCUUUGUAAGGCAGGAAAUCAAAAGCCACAGGGAAAAAGGCAGAAUAGGUGAACCAGAAGAUUUCAUUGACUUUUACCUGGAUCAGAUAGAGAAAACUAAAAAUAUCCCGAAUUCUACAUUUGAUGAAGACAACAUGGUGCAGUCUGUUUUUGACCUUUUCUUUGGUGGCACAGAGACCACGGCCACCACUCUGCGUUGGGCUCUGCUCUAUAUGUUGGCUUAUCCUGACAUCCAAGAAAAAGUUCAGAAGGAGUUGGAUGCUGUCCUGAGUCCCUCCCAUCUCAUCUGCUAUGAGGAUCGGAAGAAGCUGCCAUAUACAAAUGCUGUGGUUCAUGAGAUCUUACGCUUCAGUAGCAUUAUUUUAAUCACGAUUCCUAGAGAAACAGUGAAGGAUACAACUGUUUUGGGGUAUCAGCUUCCAAAGGGCACUCUAAUUAUGGCAAACAUAGACUCUACUCUUUUUGACCCUGACUACUGGGAGACUCCUCACCAGUUCAACCCUGGUCAUUUCUUGGACAAGGAUGGAAAUUUUGUGACCCGAGAGGCCUUCUUAGCCUUCUCAGCAGGCCACCGUGCUUGUCUGGGAGAGGUGCUGGCCAAGAUGGAGCUUUUCAUCAUCUUCUGCAGGCUGUUGCAGACAUUCAAGUUCACUACACCAGAAGGAGUUAAGGAAGUCAACACAGACUUUGUCUUUGGGAGCACCAUGAAACCCCAUCCAUACAAGCUCUGUGCAGUUCCGCGCUAGGCUGUGAGGUGUUAGAGAUUUAAGAAAGAGGUGUGACCACAGGUUUGCUGAUAUUUGUGCCACUUUUAUGGCUUUCAUUUUUACAUCAAGUUCAGUGUGAAUCUGUCCUUGCUGUGUUAUAGGGCUAAGAAGCCAGCCUUGAAAAAUACUCUGCUUUUCCCUGCUUCUGGAAAAUGUCUGUACUUCUUUUUCUUUCCCUGUUGUGUUACCAAUGAAAUAAACAUAGACAAUUGUCUAGUCUUACAAAAAUUUGUCAGGAAUCUUCCUGGAGGGCGAAGGAACUUUAAAGCCAGAUGCUGAGGGGGCUUCCCACAUGUUCUCAAAUCCUGGUGUAUGGGAAUGCUGUUCCCAGAGGUGGUGGCUCUGGGCAUUGCCAGAGCCCCUAGGUAUGGUUGCAUGGGAAUAGAGAGUAGUGCAGGGGAAUCUCAACUGGCUGUGAGGCAGCUGCUUUGUCUGUUUAGCUGAGAGUCAUGGGGAGAUGAUUACUUGAAACUGGAAGCAACAGAGGUACAACAGCACAGCCCUUCGUUUGGGUGUGAGACUCCUGACUUGUGCUGAAAGCAAAGGUAAACUCCUAUUCCCUACUGGAGAAUUGCAGGGGGGAACCCCACUGCUGGGGAAACACAGUGGGUGUAAGUGGUAAUGGAGCAGUGAGCUGGCCUGAAAAUCCCAUGAAAGAGGGAGCCUCUCACGCUGUGGGGUUUGUAAUGACCAUGAUGUACAACAAACUGAGUUGGCCAUGUCUCUUUAUGGAUGCUGUGGGAAGAUGGAUAGGGUUAAACCUGGAGGGGAUUCAGAAUUUUACGGCAAAAAGGAGCUGCAGCUCCCUGGAUGGACUGAAGCCAACGUGCUCCCCAGCACAGUGAUAAACAUCUACUCAGAGAAACAGAACAGAGUGUGGAACAACGUGGAGACUGCGUGGCCCCCUCCAUUCUAAUCCCAGCCAAAUGGGAGAGCAUUGUGGUGCUGAGACCAUGCAGUACCUGUCUGGUAAGGGAGAAUCAAGAUGUUCUGCUGAUGAAGACAACAACCAUGUCAAACCCCCUCCUCAGGUACCACAGCAUGACCAACCCCUCCCCCCCCCCCCAGUUAGGUACACCAAUCAGAAAUAAAAGGUAUUUAUGACUAGAGCCACUCAAAUUCCAUCCAAACAUAAAGAAAAUAGAAUAAAAGUAAGUUGGGGAUAGGGGGAAAGUGGGAUAAGACUUCUACCAAAACUGCUGAGAUCAGUCAACAGGCUGAGUCCCUCUUCUCCCCCACCAGAGGGACACCUGGGGUGAGAAAUAUACUCUACAUGCAUUAAAUGCUGCUUUUUGUUUGUGCUUACCCCAUAGCAUAUUAGUAGAUUGUUUCGUAUCAGAACUUGUGCUUACUUAAUAUAUGUAUCAGUAGAUUGGUUUGAAACAUAUUUUUGCAGUAGACAACUAUCACUGACAACCUUCAAACCUUAUUAAU